ACCUUUCCCAAACCGCACAAAAUCAGACGCAUCCCUGGUUUUUUUUUUUUUUUUUUCUCUUCUUACUCUUUACGGACUUUCAAAAGAGAAUCCAAGCAGUAUCAAGAAUUUUCUUGGCAAACAAACACUCCCAAAACUUUGAUUUCCCAAUGGAUAAUGCCCAAUUAAACACUUUUCUCCAAAUGCCCGAAACCCUUUUCCCCAAUUCCUCUAUUCCUAGGGUUUCUGACUGGGAAAAAUGCGAUCUUGCCUUGAAUCAAGAUAACCCUAGCUCUGUCAUGGAUGACGACGAAGAAGAAUCUUUGGCUGAUUCAAUGCUUUGUGACUCUAAUUCAAGGCUGAUCCCAUCUGGGUUUUCCAAAUCUAGUUGCUCACAUGAAAUUGUGAUGUUUAUAAAUGCUGGAGGAGAGGCUUUAAAUGAAGAAGAUUCUCGUAUGAAAUUCCUGGGGGAUAGUUACUUUGAAGGAGGAAAUAUUAUUCAGACUAAUGAGCAUAUAACUGAGGCUGGAGAUUGUCCAUUCAUUUAUCAGUCUGCAAGAUAUGGGAGCUUCUGGUACCGGUUCAAUAAUCUUCCUCCCGGAGACUAUUUUGUUGAUCUUCAUUUUGCAGAGAUCAUAAACACUAAUGGACCUAAAGGAAUGAGGGUAUUCAAUGUCUAUAUGCAAGAAGAAAAGGUACUAUCAGAUUUUGAUAUCUUCUCACUUGUCGAAGCCAAUAAGCCAUUGCAAGUUGUUGAUUUUAGGGUACUGGUGAAGGAGGAUGGACUAAUUGCAGUGAGGUUUGAAGGAGUUAUUGGAAGCCCGAUGGUUUGUGGUAUUUGUGUAAGGAAAGCACAAAAUAUUCGAGUUGCUCAGGGAUCGCAAGAAUACCUUAGGUGCAAGAACUGUGCUGCUGAAAUAGAAGUUUCCUCAGCUCAGAAGAAACUUGUUAGAACCAAAGUUACAGAUAAAUAUGAGAAGAAGAUACAAGAGCUCACUACACAGUGCCAGCUUAAGACACAUGAAUGCCAUGAGGCAUGGAUGUCAUUGACCGCAGCAAAUGAGCAGCUGGAGAAGGUUAGGAUUGAACUUGACAACAAGAUCUUCCAAACACGCACGCUAGAUGAAACUAUGGGGAAACAAGCUGAAAAUUUGAAAAAUAUUACUAGCAGUUAUGAACAUUAUAAGAAGUAUUGGGCAGCAGCAGUCAAUGAUUUACAAGAGAAAAUAAAGAUAAUGAAAAAUGAACAUGCUCAGCUCUCUCAUGAAGCACAUGCAUGUGUUGAGUCAAUACCCAAGUUAAACAAAAUGGUCACUGGCGUUCAGGCACUGGUUGUGCAGUGUGAGGAUCUCAAAGUGAAGUAUAGCGAGGAGCAAGCAAAGCGAAAGGAGCUCUAUAAUCAAAUUCAGGAAACAAAAGGUAAUAUAAGAGUCUUUUGCCGCUGCCGCCCACUAAGUACGGAAGAGAUAUCAGCUGGUUUUGCUCAGGUUGUAGAUUUUGAUGCAGCAAAAGAUGGAGACCUUGGAAUUCUGACAGGUGCCUCCACCAAAAAGACUUUCAAGUUUGACCGAGUUUACACACCGAAAGACAAUCAAGUUGAUGUUUUUGCGGAUGCCUCACCAUUGGUGACAUCAGUGUUAGAUGGCUACAAUGUCUGUAUUUUUGCUUAUGGGCAAACAGGAACAGGAAAGACAUUUACGAUGGAAGGCACUGACCAGAACAGGGGAGUCAAUUAUAGAACUCUUGAGCAGUUGUUUCAAAUUGCUAAGGAAAGGAGUGAAAAUUUUAUGUAUAACAUAUCUGUUAGUGUUCUUGAAGUUUAUAAUGAACAAAUUAGAGACUUGUUAUCUACAUCACCGACAUCAAAGAGGCUGGAGAUAAAGCAAUCUGCUGAAGGGUUCCAUCAUGUUGCAGGCAUUAUAGAAGCCCAGGUUGAUAAUAUUAAGGAAGUUUGGAAUGUGUUGCAGAUUGGAAGUAAUUCUAGAGCUGUUGGGUCAAACAAUGUGAAUGAGCAUAGCAGCCGAUCCCACUGCAUGCUUUGUAUAAUGGUAAAAUCCAAAAACUUGAUGACUGGUGAAUGCACCAAGAGCAAGCUUUGGCUUGUGGAUUUGGCAGGCAGUGAGAGGCUUGCAAAAACUGAUGCUCAAGGGGAGCGACUCAAGGAGGCUCAAAAUAUCAACAAAUCCCUUUCAGCUCUUGGGGACGUCAUAUAUGCUUUAGCAACAAAAAGUAGUCAUAUUCCAUACAGGAACUCGAAGUUGACACAUUUACUUCAAGAUUCAUUAGGGGGUGACUCUAAGACCUUGAUGUUUGUGCAAAUUAGCCCUUCAGAGAGGGACUUAAGUGAAACCUUGAGCUCCUUGAAUUUUGCAACUCGAGUUCGAGGAGUUAAGUUGGGUCCUGCUAAGAGGCAAGUUGAUACGAUUGAGCUCCAAAAGAUGAAAACAAUGCUUGAAAAGGCAAGGCAGGAAUCUAAAUCCAAAGAUGAGUCUUUAAGGAAACUAGAAGAGAGUUUACAGAACCUAGAGAGUAAGGCCAAAGGUAGAGACCAGGUUUACAAAACCCAACUAGAAAAGAUCGAGGAACUUGAAGGUCAAUUGGAACUGAAAACUAGCAUGCAGAACCAGUCGGAGAAGCAGACCUUACAACUUUCAGAUAGAUUGAAAGGGAGAGAAGAGAUUUGCACUGGCCUUCAACUAAAGGUCAACGAAUUGGAGACCAAGCUUAAAGAGCGAUUACAAUCAGAAUCUGCUAGUUACCAGCAAAAGGUUAAAGAUCUUGAGAAUAAGCUAAAAGAACAAGUUCAAGAAUCUGAGUCCCAUACACUUGCCCUUCAACUCAAGAUUAAGGAGCUUGAGAGAACGCUGAAAGAGAGAGAACAAAACCCAGAAUCUGUUUUGCUUCGUCAAAAGAUUAAGGAGCUGGAAGAUAGAUUGAGAGAGCAAGAACAACAGUUGCAAUGUACGCUAGCUCGUGACUUCGCUAAUGUGAUCAGGGCCACUCCUAGUGAAGGAAAAUGUAGAAUAGAUGAUGAGUUCAUGACUGAAGCUGAACCCCAUAUCCUAAGGAGUUCAAACUCAAUUAGUAGCCGUCCCUUGAGUCAUGGAUCUACACAGCCAAGAGUUAGUGAUUCUCUCCAUGAGACAAGAAAGAAAAGGUACUCUAGAAGCGAUGAAACAGAGAACAAUAUGGUUAUAUCUGCUUCCUUGGCUGAUAAAAGGGCAAGAAAAUCUGAUCCACCUAAGAUUGCAAGGGUUGUGAGAACAGCAAAACCAGCUACCGUAGCAGCUCAAGGACCCUUGACUCACAAAAGGAUUAUUAACAGAGAUCUGGUCCAUGCAGCUAAGGAGAGAGAUAGUAAGAAAAAGAUUUGGUCAAGAUAGUCAAGCCAAAACUCCACACUUAUCUAUCUCUAUGCACAUUAUAACCAUACUUAGGAGUAUUAUAUUCAUAUGUAACUAGCUACAAAAAUUACCAACAUUUAUGUGAUCUGUUAGUCAAGUAUUAGAUUCUUAACUCUAAUAAUAAGAGAUCAAACUGUACGUCAAAUGCCAAAAAAAAAAAAACUAGUACAAAAUUCUUAUUAAAUUGAUUUAGUAUCUCAAGUUGAAUUUGGUUUUCAUUCAUUUAUUAUUGCAUAACUAAAGAAGUUUUGAAUGACGAUGCAAACGUUGAUUUCCUUUCCCAAAAAACAGAAUAUGAAACAUGUCGGCUAACUUUUUCCCUGAUUAUGGCAAUCAACAUACCUAAUUUUCUUUUAUUAGUUCAGGGUAGAAAGAGUUGAUUUACAAUCAUAACAUAGAACAGCAAAGCUACUUUUUUUUUCUAGGUGGACAGUCAUUUCCAGCAUGCAGGCAAGCAAUUAAGCACAGUGAUUAGAUAAAUGUUUAAUUUUACCAUGCAGGCAAGUAAUUAAGCAUAGUGAUGCUCGAUCAUCUAAUCAAAAAGAUUACAAGUACUGCAGGAAAUGGUUUGAUUAUUUACUUGGUGGAAGGUGUGGGAUAUGAAGGAGGGAAGGGAUGUUGGUUUUUGAACCCCAACACAAAGAGCAGAAGAGGCCAAAAAGAGUGAUGAGAGGCAAAAACAAUUUUCUCGUUUGGGUGGGGCUGUCAGGCCCUUUGUUGAACACGUAAUCACAGACUAAACAAAAAAAAAAA